GUUCAAGGGAUCGGCACACAUACUUACUUGGGCAUUUCGCCCAGAGCUUGUGCCAUAACAAGCAUGUGUCACAACAUGCUUUCUCAAGCAGCGAGUAUGCCCAACCGAACCGCAGGAGCACGCUUAGCUACUGGGGCGAUGAAGAACCAAAAACACGGCGAAGUGAGGAGGGCUGCGGCGGCUGCAUGUACGGCAUGUUACGAGCCGCGGGCCGUAACACCCUUUUCGGCCUCCAGUCCUGCCUCUACAGCUCUCUCAUGGCAUGCCUGCCAGCGAGCAUCACUUCAGCUCAGCAGCCGCACGCCCCAGCCACCGCAAGCGCUGACACCACGGGAUGUUACGCCCCAGGCGAUGUGGACUCCGUAUGCUCGGACUGGACUUGCUUCAGCUUGUACGGCGACACAACCCUGGAGUUACCCACCUCAUGGCCAGGUUCCGAUGAAGCAACGCCGUACGGCAGCAAGCCGCCAGCUCUAACCGCUUACGAAGACAACGAGUACGGCUUCAGUUAUGGCGGUUACAGCGAGGAGGAUCCGGCACGCGAUGCCCACAUGCACGCCAGCAACCGUCGUCUUGGCUUCAGUAGCGGUGGGCAUGGGCCUGGCUUCGUUGACGUGCCGCUGAGUACGCACGUCCCUUGCCAGCGCAUGGAUAUGGGUCGGGUCGGCAACUACGACUACGGCAGCUUUGGCGGCAGCUACAGCAGCGGUCGGAAGACUGUCAGUUGCGGCGGGUACGG